AUGGUCUCCCAAGAUGCUCCCGCUUCUUCCGUCUCUCCGAAGACGAUGCAAAUUCCUAGGAACAAUGCCCAUGUCCCCGGGGAGUAUGAAGGGCUUGGAGUAGAGCUCGCGCAAUGCAUGACCGCAUACAACAAAAGCUUGGUGAAGGAGGGCCUUCCGGAGCCUUCCCUAUCACCCAGCAGAACUUCGCAUCUGAAGCUCAAGAGCAGCCAGGGGCUUCAAGAAAGGGCACGAAUCGUGGAGCUUGCACAGCAAAUUCUGGCCACGACUCUUGAUCCGGCCAUUAGCUUGUUCCAGAGCUCUCUCCAGUUCCACUUCUGCGCAUGCCUCAAAAUCGUCCUUGACCUCAAAGUAGGAUACGAAAUCCCCCAGCACGGCCGCAUCUCGAGAAAACAGCUGGCAAAGUCCCUCAAGGUGGAAGAAGAUCUGUUGGCGCGCGUUAUGCGCGUCGUCAUGUCCCAAUACGUGUUUUCCGAGCCCGAGUUGGGCUACUAUAGCCACACGUCCAUCUCAUGGACAAUGCAGGGCCCGACCCAGCACAAGCUUCUCCUGCAUCGUCUGGGUGUGGGAUUCCAAUCCUCCAGCCGGGAGCCGGAUGCUCUGCGUGCGGCCGGCUACCGCAACCCGCUGCCAGAUGACCUAUGUGGGUUCAACAUGGCAUUCGGUUACUCCGGAACUUACUGGAACUACAAUCACACCGUCGGAAAGGAGCGUGGUGACAGCUUUGAAGAAGCCAUGAGGGCUGUUGCUAUCAACAGUGUUUGUGAGACACCUAUUCUUUAUCCGUGGGAGACUCUGGCUGCAGACGGAGGCCUUGUAGUUGAGAUGGGCGGGGGCCUGGGCCAAGCCAGCCAAAAGAUCUUAGAGGCCUUCCCAGGCGCAGGUCUCAGUUUUGUGGUUCAGGACAAGCACGCCGUCACCUUCCGAUCUACAAAAAGCGGGACCGCUCUGAUUCUACAGCAGCACGACUUUUUCGACCCUCAGCCAGUCAGAGGAGCUGCGGCAUACCUUCUUCGCCACAUCCUAUAUCACUGGUCUGAUGACUCUUGCGUCGAAAUCUUACGCCAGAUCGCACCAGUCAUGGAAAAGCGCAGCCGUAUAUUGAUUUGCGACCAGGUUGUUCAAGACCACUCGCCCUCUCUUGCAUCUGUUUUGUAUGACGUGGAUAUGAUGACACUUUUCAACGGCAAGGCACGGAAGCUUUCUGAAUUUCGUCAAAUAUUUCAAAAGGCCGAUCCGAGAUUUUACCUACACGACAUAAAGCCGUCACAGGAAUCAUCAACCACUGUGAUAGAACUUAGGAUUACACCUGACGGGACGACUUGA